CGAGACAAUGCGGAUGUACUUCCGAUAAUGGAAGGAUUAUGAUCCUACGUUAUAAUUUAUAUUGUUUUUAUUUGUUAAAUAAAACUGUUAACUUACGUUGUCAAUAGAUGCAACAGAAAUAUCGGUUUAUAUUUUGCACAAUGUUCGUAUAUGGUAAAUUAAAAGUGGAUAUUUAAAGCGAAGGAGCACGUUUUACAAGUACUCGGAGGGGGGCGUAUCUUUAACAGUGUAUAAACCAGCCGAAAAUCAGCGUAUCGUUUAAGUGUGCAUCUUUAAUUUCGUUAUCUCACCGGUUACUUUUAUAUUUAUUGUACAAACUAUGUAAAUUGUACAGUUAUCACUGAAGAAAACUUUGUUGCAUUGUUUCGGAUUUACUUGUUUGCCAAACUGAGUGAAUAUAAUAAUAUACAUAUAUAUGUAUACAUGUACAUGUCAUUUUAUAAGUGAGUGUUACAGUGUCUAAGGUCCCUUGAACAAUUUGUGAAGAGAAACCCACCCAUUAUCAUGACUUUAUGGAGAUAAGCUAUCAGUAAAAGGUAUUCCAGGCAAAUAUAAGCCCUAAUAUGAGUGGUAAAAGGCGUGGAAACGAACCCGGUGCUGCACCGGUCAGUGGGUCAAAGGUACAGAACGUUAAACUAGUGUUGCUAGGCGACCAGGGUGUAGGAAAAUCAAGCAUUGCUUUGAGAUUUGUACGAGGUGAAUUCACAGAAAAUUCUGAAGCAACUAUAGGUGCUGCAUUUUUGACACAGACAAUAAAUGUAUCAAACGUGUCUAUAAAGUUCGAUAUCUGGGACACGGCCGGGCAGGAGAGGUACCACAGUUUAGCCCCCAUGUAUUACCGCGGGGCACAAGCAGCUGUUGUUGUAUAUGACGUCACAAAUACUAAAACUUUUCAAAAAGCUGUAAGUUGGAUAAAAGAAUUGAAGCAACAGGCAAAUUCUCAGAUCAUAAUGGUUCUGGCAGGGAACAAAGCAGAUAUGGCAUCCGAGAAACGUGCGGUCUCGCGAGAGGAAGCACAAGCGUUUGCGGAAGAGAAUAAUCUGAUAUUCACAGAGUCGUCUGCUAAAACUGGAAUGUGUGUGGGUGAUAUUUUCAUGGCGGUCGCGCAAACUUUAGCAAAAUUACGACCUCAGUCGGCGGAACCGGAAGGUAAAGGUAUCAAGCUCGGCAAGGAUGCUGGGAAGAAAAAAGAUGGCGGCUGUUGCUGACAGGCGGUCACAUGUUUACAGAUGUGUCUUGUUUUAUUUACCGAAUAAAACCAAAAUGUGAUAAUUAUUUCGUGAAACAUUUUUAGUGUUAUUUUGUACUUUUAAUUGUGGAAAGAUAUACAUUCCAUUGUUAAUGCUUUGCAUUUUAGUGUUAUUGUUUGCAUGUGAAGUGAGAUUUGAAGAUUUGUGUUGUAUCGCUAUUGAUGCUAUAUUUAGAUGUUAGACUGCGACAUUUUUCAAAUAUGUUUGGUUGUUAAUAACUAAUUUAAUUUGGUUAACAGUCUGUGCUUUUGAUAUCCGUUUUGUCAGUGUAUGAUGUCAUAAAGAAAUUCAAGUAACAAUGUAUCAUGUAUUAAGGCGAAGAAGUGUCUGAUACUUUUCGUUUAUAAAUUUACUAUUCUCAUUUUUCAUUUCCCUGAUUUCUACAAUUCUUGUAAAUCCACGAAAAAAUAAAAACCAUUGACUUAAAAUAUAUUAAUGAAAAUAUUGAAACAAUUGAUUAAAUGAUAAGUUAAGAACAUUACAUUUUAUGAAGAAAAAAAAAAGAUUUAUUUGCUGAAAAAUACAAUUUCUGUUUGAUAUAUGAUUUAAUGUUUUCUAAUAUCCGGAAACUGUAGCACCUUUUUUAUACAAAAGUUAUCAUUGAAAACUUAAAAUAGAUUACAAGUACAUUACUUCUGUAAAGUACAGCUGACACCCCCUUCUUAUUUGUCAUAUUGCCAAAUAUAUAUAAAGAAUGGUGGUAAGAAAUUUUUAUACGUGGGCAACUUAUUUCAUUAAAUCGUCAUGUCUGUUAUGUAAUAUAAAGUAAUAUGCAUCCGGUAAGUAUUACCACACACUUUUUUUUCUUUGAUGUGAAUAAUCAUAGGCCAAUGAACAACAACAACAACAACAAAAACAACAGCAAAAAAAAAGCUUUCAUCAUACGCCGAUUUAAUACUUCAUCUUUAUAAAAGCAGUGUUUUAUCUUAAAUUUACAUGUAUAAUGAACUUAGAAAUACUCUCACCCACCCUCAUAAAAGGGCACACGAAUAUAGUUCAUAUUGUUCUCUAAAGUUAUAUUUUCUGCUACAAAUCAACAUCAUUUGUAAUAAGGCGUACUUUUGUUGUCUCAAGGUCAAUGAUGUUCGAAUAAUUUCAGCUGUGUAAAAUGAUUGUAUUGUUUGUACCAAUAAUACUUGCUGAUAACAUUUCUACAGUUUAAGUCACAUUCAUAUGUGGUUGCCACUAAUAAAAUUCGCUGAAUUAUGUUAUUUUGAAGAAGAAGAAACAAAUAACUUGCACUUUUGUUAUGGUUUAAUUCGGAAAUGAGGUUUUUGGGCGGAGACUUUAGACAAUGACAUCAUAUUUAUUACGUAUUUUAAACAUUGUUUUCAUUUAUCAGCACUUUGAAAGGGACACUGUUAUAUUGGCGUGAUUUUAUUAUAAAAAUAAAAGCUGAAUAGGUU